UUUGAAGAUGGUUACAGGGGCAUCAAGCGAGCACGCACAUCGAGAGAGAAUACAAGAAGUUGUGAGUCACCGACUGCAACAAUGGCCAACGCCCCAGUCGGGAGGAAUGUAGUCGGGAGGCGGAGACACAAUCACAAACACGUUUUCAAGGUCCGCACUCUGAUACGUCAUUCUUGCCUGGCUUCAACUUUUGACGUAAAUACAAGAGCGUGACGUCUAUAUAUGGCGUGGAUUGCGUGACGUCAAAAUAAUUUGGAUACAAGGAGGCAGACCCAUGGCGGGCUUGAGUUGUGCUCAAUAUUUUCUGGGAAAAAUUCUAUCGAGAUUCUGGGGUCAAAGUCGUCUGCACGUGGACAGGGAGGUGACAGGAUCGUGCGUGGGUCAGUGUGCAUGAAUACAGCGUGAGGUAGUCGUGAAUACUACUACUACUAAUAAAAUAAAUGCAAAAUUUGUCAAGCUAGAUGAUAGAUGAUGAUGUCAAGAAGACAGCGAGGCAUGUAGAAGCGAAAACCAGCGACAGAAGCAGAGGAGAGAGUGAAAAAAAAAAUAAACCAAAGAGAAGAGGGAGACAUGGAGAAAAAUAGCGAGAAAGAGAAGGAAAAAAAAAAACCCCGAGCGAUUUAUGAAUAAUUGUACGUUUUCAGUUCCCUCCCUUGACCUGAGGGCUGUAUGGAUGCAGCAGCUGACAGGAUGCCGAGCGCCAUUGAUAGUCAGGGCAUGGAGAGGUAUCCACUGAGCAUGCGACUGACGCACACCAUCGCCGUAACAAGGGGCGCGGAGUGCUGGCGGAACCCUCCUCCUCUCUCCACACGCUCCCCACGAGUUGUAUCCCCUGUCCGCUAGCCGGCGCGGGACUUGCUGGUAGUCAGGGGGCGCUGGUUGUGGGGAGGGCCUGGUGUGGGCCCCGCGUACCGCGUGCGGCGACGGCUGCGUUACGGUUGUUGCGUCUACGCACGACGCCCGCCGAGGCCUUGCAGCAGCGUGUGAGCGCAGCGCCACCAGCCCAGUGGCUGCGAGACAGAGACUUGCCACAAGGCGCAGAGUCGCCUCCCCGUGUUUACGACACUGUCGACUGUGACCAAGUGUUGGUUGUGUAUGUGGGGAGGGGGACACACAAGCAGCGGUACUCACAAAGCAUUCGUAUCUACCGAAGCCCUGCUCUCACCAAAAUUUUGAAAAAAAAUUUUUUUUUCGGUUUUCCUGGACCAGCUUCUCAUCGCAGCUUUGCUUUCUUACCAUGCCGCCAGCAACAACGACGACGACUUAGUUCACGGCGGAGGAGUGUGAAGUCGGGUCAGUACGGAGUAUGUAGCCUCUCGCACCAUGACUCUCAAGGUAGCCAAGUGUUCCUGGACUGGGUCACUGGAACUUACAGGUAGCAGCAGCACUUUCGUCCGGCGUCGCGCCGCGUCAGUGACCAGCAGGUAACGGUCCUCCGCUACAGGUGUGUGUGUGAGUGAGACAGCGUGCGUGUGCGUUGUGUGUGUGUGCGGCGGUAUCUCAACAUCGUGCUGCAAGACAAGGACACGGUCAAACUUGAAUUGUUUUCCUUCCGACAUUGAAUGUGAGAAGUGUUAUUGUGUUGUUGUUGUUGUGGCCAAUUCAUCGCGGCGACGGACGACUGUGGAAGCUGUGGUGCGAGUUUCGGCCGAUACCUUUGGCGCUGGCUUCUCGUUCUUGGCGUAAACAUCGCCAGGCAGUGCUCCGAGUGCGGCAAGCGCAAGCCUGUGUUUGGAUAGACGCUGUGGGUAAGGGAGGUGGCAGCUGAAGCCUGGUACGAGGCUGAAGGGUGAAGGAAGAACAAGCCCCGCUCGUCCGAUCCUCCGACAGACACACAAGCAGCAGAUCUCCUGAGCUGUGAGAGAACGCGAGACGGUGCCAAGGUGUCGAGUUACCCGCUUGGCUGGCAUCCUCCUCCUCUCGUCCUGAAACUGCCGCGGUCCUGUGUGAGUGCAAGAGGAGGCUGGACCGUUGUGCCGCACGACAGGUGACUGGCGAGUAGGGGAGGCAAGUGGCCCGUCGUGUCUUUCACGCUCGUGGGCGACUCGGAGAUGGAGGGCAAGGAGCAGGAGGCGGAGAGCCAGGAUACGGACGUCGGAAAAACCGGUGGAGACCCGGUGCCGCUACCCCCGGGUGGAGUAUCUCCACCUUUCUCGUCCGGGCCUGAAAAGAUGGUGAAGGACAGUAAAGCGACACCUGCAGGACGGCCGCUGUCUAUCCGUAUUAAGGAGGAACCUAACGACGACAUAAAGGACUUCGCCGAGACGACGAUGAACGAGCUGCUGGGGUGGUACGGGUACACUGACGUCAUCAAGAGCCAGGACACGGCGCAGCUCUCCCUGUCCACCUUCCAGCCUCCCACCGCCUCCUCCCCUCGCCAACGGGCCGCCGGCCGUCACGUCGACACCCCUGAGGCCGAAGCCGAGGACGAGGACGACAACCACAUCCACGACGACAACGACGACCCAGAGCUGGGGGCGCCACGGCCGGACAGUGCGGGCAGCGCGCGCAUGCCCAGAGACGAGGAGAACGACACUGGACGCUUGAGUACAGGAAGCAGCGAGACACCUCUGGCAGCCCAACACCGGAGUCUGGUGACCGCCUUGAGCAAGUCCCUGACCUCUAAAGACGGCGGCAGUCCGUGUGAUGAGGCUGCUGCCAACUGUAUCGUGUGCGCCUGGUGCCAGAAGGUGGGCACCAAACACUACACGCUCCGCACCACCACCGGCGUCAAAGCCUUCUGCUCCGAGGUCUGCUUCACCCAGUGUCGCCGAGCCUCCUUCAAGAAAAACAAGGUUUGCGACUGGUGCAAGCACGUGCGACACACCGUCAACUUCGUCGACUUCCAAGAUGGCGAGCUCCAGCUGCAGUUCUGCAGCGAGAAGUGCCUGAACCAGUACAAGAUGAACAUCUUCUGCACGGAGACGCAAGAGCACCUCAAGCAGAUCCAGUCGCAGCUGCACGAGGAGCGCAAGAACGCCUCCCUGUCCCCCGGGGGAGCCUCCUCCUCCUCCUCCCUCUCGUCGCGCGUGCUGUCUGACGCGGCCUCUGCGUCAUCAGGCAAGAAGUCGGAGGAUCAGAUCCUCAUCACGCCGGAGUUGUGGCUGUCGCAGCAGAAGCCGGAGAAACUUCUCAAGACGGAGGUGUUGGACGAGCGGGAGGGAGCUGAGAGAGAAGAAAGGCGCGGCGAGCGGGAGCGCGAGGAGCGAGACCGGAAACGCGAUGGCGCGUGGUCGGAGAGAAGCCGCAGUCGUGAGCGCCACCACUCGGCGAAACGCCGUUCUUUCCUGUCGUCGCCGGCUGCCGCUGCUGCUGCCGCUGUGGUGGCCGCCUACUCUAGCAACCUGCACGCGGCGGUGCGGAACGGCCCGGCUUUACCGCCCAGCGGCACCGACCGCGCGGCACGGGAUCGUGAGCGGCUGCGGCGCCUCAUCCGGGACUCCGGCCGCGACAGGGACAGUCACUCGCGGCACCAGUCGUCUGGAAGCCCCGCCUCCUCUUCCCAGUUCUCGCCCCCAGCAGGAGGCCCGCAGGCGUCGGGUGGAGUUACCCCGCCUGGCGGCAUUCACCACCCGAUCUUGCCGCCGCAUUUCAACGGCCUGGGUGCGGGGCUGGCUGAGUUCAGCAUGAUCAACCCGAUCUUGUUUUCUUCCCUCUUCGGACCGGCACCUGCUGAAGAAGGACUCGCCUCCCACGGUUCGCGCCUGCUGCGUGGCGAACGUGAGCAUGAAGGAAAAGCCGGACUGGCCGCGGGACUGAGAGCUGGAAGCGGCAACCGGGAUCAUGGCAGCAAGAACGGCGAGAGGGCGCUGUCCUCCACACCAGCGGGAGCGCGCAGCGUCUCUCCCGCCAACACGGCAUCCUCCUCUGGUACCCCGAACCACGUCCUGCACCCACUGCACCAUGUCCCUCCUGCCGCCCACCACCACCCGCAUCCAUCUGCAGCCGGACUUGGAGGACUUCCACCUGCACUGCACGGUGCCGCAGCGUUUCCGCAGGGCAUGCACCCGCCUCCCUUUAUGAUGGGCGUCCCUCCCUUUCCCUGUCACCCAGGUUUCCUCCCGACCGACCCGGCAUUCUUGGGAAGCCUGAUGGCCCUGCAUAGCAGUUCUGCCUCUUCAUGUCAAUGGUGGAGGUGGGUCCCACAACUCGUCCCGACACCAUCUCGACGGGCAUCCAUCGACCUCCUUACCCUCCUCCGCGUCAGCAGCGCCUCCUCCGCCCCAUCAACGGCCGGGGGUUGCUUGAACGCGGGCGUGCCACCCGUUACCGUGAUGAUCCCCUUUCCGGUCCUCCUCCGUCCGGUCCCGAUCCCCAUCCCUUUGCCCAUAGCACCCGAGAAGGUGCAGCAGUUCUUCAAGGACUGGAAGGCCGCGAGUCUUGUGGGCAGCAGCGACGCCCCCGCCCCUACUCUGUCCUCCUCGCGCCGGCCCCUGUCGCGAGAGAAGCACGCCAUGAGCAGCUCUAGUCCCAGUCCCAGCAGAGACUGCCACAGUCGCGGGAGCCAUUCUCUUCCUCCACACCCCCUCUCUAACCACCACCAUCACCACCAUCACAGUUACGAUCGGCGACCCGAGUCGGCGUCGUCCGAGAGUUCUAGCCAAAGCCCUCGCUUGUUGGUGACAGUGUCUGGAGCUGGAGGGCCAACGCCCCCAGCAGGCGGGGGGAAUCAUGGCGAAGGCUGUUCCUCCACCUCCGCUAACGGCUGCAUUUCCUGCGCUUCCUGUCGCACGUUCCCUCGCCCAGGUCGCGAGUCAGCAGACUCUAUCAUGGCACUGCGAAAAAGCCGAGAGUCGGCAGACUCCAUCCGGGCUCUCAGGCGCGAGACGGUGAGGUCCUUGAUGUCGGGGGAGCCAGCCGUAUCCGGAUCGACGACGACGACGACGACGACGGCCGGGUCGUCAAGUGCGCUGGCUCUGGGCGCUGGUGUUGUGUCCCCUGGAGGUAAGCGGUCGUUGACUCCGAUGUUUUUGGGCGCGACCCUUGACCUGAGCAAACGGGCGCGACUAGACGAGAACCGCAACAACGACGAGGAUGAUGAUGAGGAAGAAGAGGAAGGCGCCAUCGACUUGUCCAAGGACAGCCGCUCGUCCACCCCGGCCCGUUCGCUAAAAGAUUUCCUUGUGCUCGGAGAGGCAAGGUCUCCGGCCUGCACCCAGUGGACCAACGGCAGCGCCUCCGGCCACUCCAGCGGCAACAGCAACAGCAGCGCCACCAGCGUGGGCUCCGGCAAGGAGAACCAGGACAUGGUCGUCUGCGACCCUGACAUGGCCAGCAUCGACGGCGCCCCCUCGCCGGGCCUCAAGGUACCCAAGAUUCACAUCAUAGACUCUCGCGACGAGCCGCCCUUGGCGCAGCCGCUGCCGCUGCCCCCGACGGACCACGCCUACUCCGUGCGACGCCGAAGCCUCAUUCUGGACGCUCCCAGCGUUCCCCGCGCCGCGCGCAGCCCCUCCCCUGAGCGGCGGUACGUGCGCACCGUUCCCCGGGACAUGGUGGAGGCCGCCAAGCGCCGGUGCCUGAGGGCCAGGGUGCGAACCAAGUGAACUAUCCUGGACUGUGGACUGUUGGGUGAAGACCCGAGAUUCGAACCAGUAGACAGGCGUGUCCGUGGACUUACGAACGAAUACUUAAAGUGUUUUGCUGUUGGUUGUAGAGAGUGACUCCAGUUGACAGGUGCCAGGGGGCGACUGUGGUAUUCUUUUGAGCCCUGUUUCUUUGUACAAAGCAGCCGUUAAAAAUAUGGCUGCACGGACUAGGGACGUUGUGGAGGAACUUGAUUUCGCCUUCCCUACCUGUGACAGAAAUGACUGAAUGAGUGAGGAAAAAUCUAUUAAACAAUUCAAAAAGAAAAACUAAACUUUUAGGACCUUUUUGAGGUGAUAUCCACUUUCUUUUGAAAGUAUGUGACGACUUUCAACACUUGAUAUAUUUUGGUAAGACAUGUCAGUUGAUAGUGGCAUUGACUUCAGAAAAAAAAAAUGGAAGUGGUGACAGCAAGGGCUGGUUGUGUUAUCUUAAUGUCACGGCCCUUAAAUGUUUACUUUGUGUAUUUGGGGUCUUUUGUUUGCUUUUUAUUACUUUUGAUUUUAUUUAUUUUAUUCUUUGUUUUCUUGCCCAUCUGGGAGUACGAACUUUUCAUGUUUCAGCUUUAGGCACCAGCUUUAUGCGCGACGAUCUGUGUGAGUGUGAAAAGGGGGGCGGGGCUGGGGGUAGCAAGAAAAGGGAGGUAAUUUGUCCUGAAAGUGCAUAAUGACAACCGGACCUUCCAUGUCUAGCAUUAUUAUUAACAGCAUUCACCCAGUGGCAUGCCUGUCAAUGUUUACAUGUGCAACAGUUGCUGUUGCGGUUGUUGCUGUUGUUAUCGCCCAUCUGGCAUGCGGACGGCAGCCAGUAUGUGACACGCACCAAAGAGUUCGUCAGCAGCCUCACUCCUCCUACCCUCCCCACCACAGCAAAUGGCAUCAGUGUGAGUUCGAAGUUCUUCAGGGUUCUUUUUCCUCUCGUGAAAGACGAUGGAUCGGUGUAUUGGUGUACAUGAGGCGUAUGUUCGGUACACAAGAGUGCGCGCAGGCAAACACACACACACUUUAUUCUCUUUUUUUAUAAAAUCAAAUGAUCUCCGUAUGGUUGUACCCUAUGCACGUGUAGUUGAGAAAUAAUUUUAUCUUCAUGCCAAAGCACAGAGGGCUGGUCUAUAGGAAUGCUUCGUGGCUUUGUUUACAACUGCUUCUUGGUUUAGUUUGGCUUAUUCUUAUUCUUUUCACAAGAUACCGUCUGGUGUAGUCGUGUAGCAUGCUCAGUUUUCACAUCAGAAGGGUGCUACACCUGUGGGUCAUCAAAGGUCCACCUGAGAGCUUCGCGGAGACUUAUACCUGCAAGAGUGGCCAGGAGGUUGGUUGAUGAUGUAAAGGUUGUAAGCUUGUCCGACUAUCACUACAGAGGGCUGCAGAUCUGUUUAAGGGACUAAAACUUGAGAUAGUCAUGUACCUACAACAUAAGUCAAAUCAUGUAAUUAUCAGUAAGUUCACAGAUUUUCUACGAAUUUUUAAUUUUUUUAAGUUAGGAAAGGUAGCGUGGAAAGUGAGGGUCAACAUGGACAAGUCUCGUCCACGAACCUCGAUAAUGUCUUCCUUUGUUUCAUCUAUGCUUACAGAGUGGUUAGUGAAGCUUAUCAACAAGAGGACAUAAUAGGCGGCAAAAAAAUAAAAAAAUAAAUAAAUAAAAACUUUUAAAAGUCUGUUCGAAGUUACACUAAAAGUUUUGCGGAUCGACUUUAAACUUUCCUGAAGAUCUCCUGAAAAAUUUACCUUGCGAACGGUUGUUUGUCUCGUGCUUGGCCUGUCUCGUGUUCCUACACUACCUGUAGUCUUCUAUCUGUGCGGGUGGGUACGGGAGGAGAGGAGAGGGGGAGGUGUCCAACAGCCACACCUUUCACACCUGUCCUACAAUCGGGAAAAAAAUAUCCAACAGGUAGACAUUCGUGGUGUAACUUACGCACCUUAUACCUCGCUUACAGAAAGCAACCCUUGUUUACCAACAGUUUAUAAAUAACAAGUCGUCUUUGUUGUCUUGUAGACCACCUGUUGUGUUUGCUAAUAAUCUUCCAUCGCAAACAAAGAAGGUAGGCAUGGUUCACAUGGCGACGGUGCCACUUGGUCGCGAAAACAUCGGUGUACGACUGAUUUGAACAUUGUACCAUCUGAUGAAUGGAGCAAAGAAGUUAAUAAGGACGAACACUAAAAUGUGGGGACAGGGACAGGUGUUCAGUGCACAGCAAGAUGGUAAUCGCAUCACAAAACAAAACUAAAUUGUAAUCUGUUGCUUCCAGACAGUCUCAAUGAACUGAUCCAUCAACUCACUUCCACACCUACUCUGUGGUUUUUUAAUCUUCAUUUACUUCUGUGCAUCAAUCCAUCAGUACACUUGCAUUAACGACUCGGCAGAUUAACAAUCUCGUUGAAUGUCAAACCUUUUGGAAGAAAUGCGACCUCUAUAGUGAUUUCACAUCAUGAUUUUAUUAACCACUCGUCUGUGGCUGAGGUCUAUUUUAAAUAACAUGUAAUCUUUUAAAAAAAAGUAAUUAAAUCGCCAAUAAUUACCGCCGAAAAUCAACUUUCCCACAAUAUAUGAAUAAGUUGAAAAUAUAAAAACUGAAUUUGCGAGACUACAAACCGCCAACCAUACAAGAAACAUGACACCGAGAUAAAACAUGAACUGUGGUGGAUGACGAGUGAGUCACAUAGUCAUGGCGAUUGUGUCAGAUGUUCCUUGAGGUGGGUUUUGAGGCCGGAUUUCAACACAAAAUAUAAUAACCAAAGAUAAAAUAACCUAAACAAAAGGGAGAGCACACUCUGUCUCUCUCUUCUUUUUGUAGAGAAUUCAUUAAGACAGUUUGGACAGGAAAUAUUCUUUGUUUGAAGACUCCACUCACGUGAUCAGACCUUGCAUCACAAGUCUUGUGAUCAGGCGGGGAAUCGUCUCACAGGAACAUUCAACGGACAAACAAAUUUAGUUUAGAGAGGAGUUUUCCUGAAUGGAACAGAAUUAAUUAACCUUUAAAGUUUAAGAACAUAUUUUCUGUCUAUUUGAUAUUUAAAUGCGAAAGUUCUGUUUCUGUACACUGGGAGAGAGGCUUUGCAAUGUCGGCAGUGGAGACAAGUAUCUUGUGUCCUCUGUCUAGUCUAAUUAAUCGAAAUUUAAUCAAUCUAAGUCUGAUAUAAUUUACAUUUAAACUAAUAUAUAUGUCUGACUUUCUGUCAGUUUGACCUUUAUUACUUUCCAUCUCAUAUUUUUCUUUUAAAUCUGUGGCGAGGGAAAGGGGAUUAUUUAGUUGUCCGUAAUUGAGAGUUAUCCUCCUGCUGUAGUCUCUUUCUUCCUCGUCCUCACCUUCCUCUCACCUCUUAAAAUUAUUGUUUUUGUUUCCAUCCUCGUCCCAUUUUCUUUCGUUGUGUAUCAACCACUUCAAUCCAGCUUACUUUCUAUGUCGAGCUCUUGUAGGUUUAUCAACCUGCACUACUGCCUGGGACCAUCGGAGAAGUUAAAGAUCGGUUAAAUCCAGAUUUAACUUUCACACUAGGUUUGACUGUUCGUCCCUCACAAUGUUUACUCGUGUUAACAAACCGCAUGCAACUGUCGACAAAUUCACAAAGGGAAGAAGAGGAGGGCUGCUCGAUGAGUAGCUUUGCCUCCCAACAUUCCCCUCCCCCAACACUUGCAUCUAAGGGACAUCCUCCCCCUGCACACCGCCCUCGACUAUUUAUUUCAGCGCUGACAGAGAUUUGUAGCGAACACGACUUGAACACACUUUGUAUUGCGAUUUAAGUUAUCUCUCUGGUGGUAGCUGUGUCGUCAUUUCCGUUAGGACACGUGCACUUGCGUCCCAUAAUGCUAAGCGCUACGACCAGCCUCGGUACAAUGAUGACGUAUAUACACUGAUCGUUGGUUACGUCACCGGCGCGCGUGUCGCACUAAAGCUGGUGGAAGCUGUGAACGUGCUCGCUGUGUUAUGUACGUUAAAAGCAGCCAACAAGACGCUUAUUUUGCUAAAUAAUUUUUGUUCUUGUCAUUCUCUCCCUCCUUCCCAAGAGACUACAGUUUGUGUCGUUUGUAUGAGUAUGUUCACUUGAGCACGUCACACAAACACGUGCCGCCAUGAUACAGACGUUUGUCAUCAUUAUGUAUAUAAGAGAUACACACAUACACACCUGUACAAUAUACCUGCGUCAAUGUUCUACCCUUACUCUUGAUGUUGGUCUGUGAGAGUUACUUCAGUGUGCUAUGGUUGUAAGGGUUGAUGUGCUCUCACUCCUGUGGCUUUGCUGUUGACGAGGGCAGUGUGUCACCUCUUGUCACUAUCAGACUGUACAGCAUAUAAAACCUACAUGAGAUGCGCAGUAAAACAGUUUCCGUGGAUA